GCACUUCCGAUUUCCGGUUGGCUCCCGCCCCGCUCCGCCAUCAUGAAGCCCUGAACAAAAAGCGAACGAGACAGGAAGAGAAAAAACAGGGAUGGACCUGUCGAUGACAGAAAGAGACGAGCUGAACGCGUGACACCGACGGCGUGAGGAAAGAAAUGAUGCAGAUACGCGCGGCAGAGGCGGAAUAUCGGGCUGUGGUUUAAAAAGAGCGACCGUUAAACCGACAGUCAGCUUGAUUGAGAACGUUAACGUCCGUGUUAUCCGUUUAAAUACAUAUGAACAGACAGAUCGAGUUGCUCGCCACUCUUCGCGAUCAUUACUUUAGAAAUCGAUGGAUCGCUAUUUAAAUCGAUCGCUUUUUGUGAAGUGAGACCGGGGACGGAGAGGCCAGAUUUACCUUAGGAGGCCGGAGCUAGCUGACUCGAGCUAGCUUCAGAGGAUCCCGUACACCACGGCGCUGGCCAUGCCGUCGAGUGCGCGGGCUGGGAGUCUCAAGGACCCAGAGGUGGCGGAACUUUUUUACAAGGAGGAUCCUGAGAAACUCUUCACAGACCUGCGGGAGAUCGGCCAUGGCAGCUUCGGAGCCGUCUACUUUGCCCAUGACAUCCGCACCAAUGAGGUGGUGGCCAUCAAGAAGAUGUCCUACAGUGGCAAGCAGUCUAAUGAGAAAUGGCAGGAUAUCAUCAAAGAGGUUAAAUUCCUUCAAAAGCUGCGGCACCCCAACACGGUGGAGUAUAGAGGCUGCUACCUGCGUGAACACACGGCAUGGCUGGUGAUGGAAUACUGUUUGGGCUCGGCCUCAGAUCUGCUGGAAGUGCACAAGAAACCAUUACAGGAAGUGGAGAUUGCAGCAAUUACCCAUGGUGCAUUACAGGGUUUGGUGUACCUCCACUCGCACAACAUGAUUCACAGGGAUGUGAAAGCAGGUAACAUCUUACUGACAGAGCCUGGCCAGGUCAAACUGGGAGACUUUGGUUCCGCCUCCAUUGUUGCUCCAGCCAACUCCUUUGUGGGCACACCUUACUGGAUGGCUCCAGAGGUGAUCCUCGCCAUGGAUGAAGGGCAGUAUGAUGGGAAGGUUGACGUGUGGUCACUCGGCAUCACCUGCAUAGAGCUUGCUGAGAGAAAGCCUCCCUUGUUUAAUAUGAAUGCUAUGAGUGCCUUAUACCACAUCGCCCAGAACGAGAGCCCGGUCCUGCAGUCUAAUCACUGGUCGGAUUAUUUCCGUAACUUUGUAGACUCUUGUCUGCAGAAGAUCGCCCAGGACAGACCUACCUCUGAUGUGCUGCUAAAACAUCACUUCCUGUGCCGUGAGCGUCCGGUGACCGUGGUGAUGGAUCUGAUAGCACGCACUAAAGACGCCGUGAGGGAGUUAGAUAACCUGCAAUACCGCAAGAUGAAGAAGAUCCUCUUCCAGGAAACACAUAAUGGUCCUCCCACCGAGGGAACCGAGGAGGAAGAGGAUGUUGAGCAGUACAUGUUGCGGAUGGGCACGGUGAACAGCAUGGAGAGCUCCCAUUCACUGCCGUCUAUGUCGAUCAGUGCCAGCUCCCAGAGUUCUUCAGUGAACAGCCUUGCAGAUGGAUCGGAUGACAGCGGAGAGAUGGCUAUGAUGCAGGAGGGCGAGCAUACAGUGACCUCUAACAGCUCAGUGCUGCACAAACCACUGAACCAUGAUAACAUCUACGACGACCCCUACCAGCCGGAGAUGGAGUCCCAGCAGCAGGGCCCCUCUGGGGGUCGCCGACGCAGAGGAAGGGACCACUUCGCCACUAUCCGCACAGCCUCUUUGGUGACCCGUCAGAUCCAGGAGCACGAGCAGGGCUCGGCGCUGAGAGAGCAGAUGUCCAGAUACAAGCGCAUGAGGAGACAGCAUCAGAAACAGCUGAUGGCUCUGGAGAACAAGCUGAAGGCCGAGAUGGACGAACAUCAGCUAAGGCUCGACAAAGAACUGGAGACGCAGAGGAACAACUUCAGCAGUGAAGCAGACAAGCUCAGUAAGAAGCACCAGGCCAUCCUAGAGAAAGAGACUAAGGCCGGUCUUGCAGAAGAGAAGAAGUUUCAGCAGCACAUCUUAGCCCAGCAGAAGAAGGAGCUGACCAGCCUGCUCGAGUCUCAGAAACGCCAGUACAGGCAGCGAAAAGAGCAACUUAAAGAGGAGCUCAAUGAGAACCAGUCCACGCCAAAGCGGGAGAAGCAAGAGUGGCUAGUUCAGCAGAAGGAGUGUCUUCAGCAGAUCCAGGCAGAAGAGGAGGCGAGUUUGCUACGCAGACAGAGGCAAUACUAUGAGUUACAAUGUCGCCAGUACAAGAGGAAGAUGCUGCUGGCUCGCCACAACCUGGAGCAAGACCUGCUGAGAGAGAAGACGAGUGAGGACAAACUGGUAAAUUUGCUUGACAUAGACCUGAACAAGAAACAGACUUUAAAGGACCUGGACUGUGCCAUGUUGCUCCGCCACCACGAGUCGACUCAGGAGCAGGAGUUCAGGCAGCUGGCUCUGGUGCAGCGCACGCGGGCCGACCUGAUCCGGACGCAGCACCAGACCGAGCUCACUAACCAGAUGGAGUACAACAAACGGCGUGAGCAAGAGCUGCGGCAAAAGCACGCGGUUGAAGUCCGCCAGCAGCCCAAGAGCCUGAGAGUGAGUGGCUGUGACCUCACGGAGAAUGCUGAAGAAGGGGAGGGGCCUCAGAGGGAGAUUGAUGAAGGGGAGGGGCUUGAGUUGGAAGGGGAUGGGCCUCAUAUGGAGGGGGAGGGGAGUGAUGAAGGGGAGGGGCUUGAAAUGAAAGGGGUGGGGCUAAAGGAACAGCUGGACGAAGGGAGUAGAGAUAGAGAAAAGAUCGAUGGGGAUGAGAUCGAGCCGGUAGGGGCUGUUGAAGAGACAGCUGAGCAAGAGAAGCGUGAAAUAGAAGUUCUUGAAGGAAAUGACACUGAAGACACAUUUACUGACCAAUGUGAAAUGAUAGACAGUGAAGGAAAAGUGGAAGAUGUGGAGAUCUCAGCUGACAAUUCCGAGCAAAUGUUAGAUGAACAGCAACAGGUUGAGGACAAAAUCGACACCGAUCCCAGACAAGUAGAAGGGCUUCCUUGGGAUGACGGUAGUGAAUCAGAGUGUGAGGAAGAGGAUAGGGGUGUGGCCGACGGAUGUCCGUCAGAGAUAAUGCACCGCCCUUCUUUUGAGCGCCGCCCUCACGAACGUGAUAUAGACGAACUCUCGGAGUUCUACUUCCCGGAUACAUUAGAAGAGGAGGAUCCUUCACCCGUCUACAUGCCUCCUUCCCCGUCCUCUUCUUCCCAACCUUCCCUUCACUCGCUCUUUUCUCACGUGAUUUGCCUCGCUCUUUCGCUUUCUGCUGCCGUGCAGCCGUCUGUCCUCACCCUCCUUUUCCUUUCAAUCUUCCUGCUUUCCUUGAGACGCUCGCCUCCGCUUCCUUCGCUCGCUUCGAUCCUUCUCUCCGGUGAGCUGGCCUUCCUGUCGCUCUUCUUUUCCUACCUAUUCCUGCGUUCCUGCUGCUCGCUCUCGUUUUCCACUUACCUUUCUCUAACGUAUUGGGGCUCAGGCCUGUUCAGUUUGGGUUUGUCUUUAAGCUUGGGACUCUAUUAUGUCCCGGUAGCCUUGAUCUCGGCGUCCUUUCUCAGCUCGCCCUCACUUUUCCUCACCCUCUAUCUUGUGGUGGUCUUGGUUGUACGUCCGGCCAGGGUUUUCCUCCAAAACACCCCACGCAAACUCAAUCGCCUCUGGAUGCGAGUUCUCUUCCGCUUGCCGAAGCCGCUUUUCACCGUGUGCCAGUCGCUUCUCGGCGGCCUGACUGAACGCAGCCUCUAUGAUAUGUUUCCUAAAGCCGGACGCAACUGGGGCGGGCGGCAGUCCAGAAUCCCUGUGCCUCUAAAAAGCCUUCGUGCAGAGUAUCAGGCCAAAAGCAAAUCCUCGGUUUUGUUUGCACGCUGCUUGCUUCUGGGCCGGCGGUUUGUCCGCCGACCUCUCGGCACUCUGACAGACCUUGCUAACUCCGUAGUGCUGCGUUUAGCCAAGUGUUUGCUGAAGGAGCUGCCGCAGAAUUACCUGAUACGACUGCAGGCAUUCGGGUUGCUGCGCAGAGAGAGACCCAGCAAACUGCCGAUUCUCCUGCCUAGACCCGUGAGGGAACAGAGGCGGAGAACGAGGGAGAGGAGAGAGAAGGAGAGGAGGAGAGAGAGGAUGUACAGGGAAGAGGGGAGGUGGGAGAGUGUUUUGAGGAGAACCCCUUCAGGGAGAAGUUUGAAAGGAAAGAUGGUGCCUUGGAGAUAGAUUGAGACGGAGGAAGGGUGGUAUGUGAGCAUGAACAUGCCAUUCAUCCAUCUUUCUUUGUGUUUCUCUCUGUUCUUCCAGCUGAUUUAUUUUAGCCCGUUUGCUCACAUGCCUGUUUUACAGGGAAGUACUCAGUUAAAGAGAGAGUUCACACAAAAUGAACUGCAUUUCACCCGCACACCAUUUCAAAAACAUAAGACCUGUGUUUAAUCUUCAAAACACAAAUGAAUGCAUGGAACCUGAGAGGUUUCAGUCUCUCCAUUAAAAGAAAAUAAAAAUAACAAAA